AUGGAAGCCCUAGAUCUAACCAACCCUAUUCCCCCAGCUAACCCCAGCCGACACCUCUGCACCUCUGCCCAACCCGUGCACGCACCCCAGCCGCCGGCAGAUGCCCCGGCUGCCGGAAAACUCGGACCCGGCCACCCCUCCAUCUUUCUCUUUCAACCGAUCCACCACCCUCUCGGCCUGAGUACGCAGGGAAGCACGCGAAGCCCUGGGAAUCCUUCACCCUGUGGCAGAGAGCUACCUCCGGCGUCGAUCCCCGCCGGCCCCCGUCGUACACUGCGCCGCCCCCACCCUCCUCGCUCUGCGCGGCCAGCGAGACCCGGCCGAGACCGAGAGCAGCCCUGGUUGUGGCCCGCACACUGUCGCCACCCAGAUGCGGUCGCGCCAACGUCCAGGGACUCCAGCGACCCUCCGCACACCGUUGCCGCCGCACCUGUAGCCGCUGGCCUCUGCUCUGUUCUCUGGGGCCAUCCCGAGCGCGCGCGGGCCAAGCUUGGACCCGCACUGCCUCCGUGCGCUGCCGCUGCCCUACGCCGUGUGCGCCGCCUUCCCCUUGACCUCCCGCAACAGGACGCAGUCGUCCUGAGCUCCUCCGGCCGCCGCCGGGUCACCGCAGACACGUGGAACCCGAGAGCAAGUGCAGGCUUGAUCUACUCCGCCGCGACACCGGCCACCUCCCGUCGCCGACCAGCAGUUGCCCCGGACCCCACAGACCGGCCGCACCCUCCCACGGCCGUAGCGCCCGCCGUCCGGCUGCCGGCGGCCAACCCUGGCUCUACUGCUCAGGUUAGGCUGCAUUUUAAUUCCUGUGCAUUGUUUUGGGGUUCUGGUCGCUUUUCCGGCGAUCCAAAGGCACUUCGAUAA